GCAGCCCGAGUCAGAUUUUGACAUCACCUGCGAUAUUCAUCCUCUACACAUACCGAAGUUUGUCCGCGCAUGGCCCUGUUGUCAAGCUCCUAGCUCUGCUGAGUCCAAUUUCCGCCUGCUCUCCCCACACCAGUGAGGCAAUAUGGGUCCGUUUGGGGUCCGAUAUGGGGGGCUUCCCUGUUUUCCUGCUGGCAAAAGAUGCCGGACCGCUAAGUGCUCAUUAUCUCCGAGAAAUCUCAGGUGGAGACAGGACAUAACGCCGCGGCAACCGCUCUAGUAUGGCGCCCACAUUGUAAUAUUGUGGGGAGGGUUCAAAAGCACAAGUACCUUUCCAUGGUCCCCCAUUCAAGUUCCAGUCCUUUGCAGAGUCCCCUCCUGUAAGCCGACUGCAUUACGCCUAUCCAUUCGACAACAUGGGACUCACCGGAAAAACCCUCGAAACAGCGCAGCUGCUGCUCGUUGUCCUGCCAGCAUUUGUCCUCUUCGGCUAUAACCAGUCUGGUGUGGGAGGCCUCCUCUCCCUGCGCGACUGGAAUGACCAUUUCCCCGCAAUUGACACGAUUGAUGCCAAAGGAGCGGAAAAGAGCCACAAGUCGACCGUCCAGGGUGCAGUCGUCGCCAUCUUCACCAUCGGAGCGCUUUUUGGCGCCCUGUCAUGCACCUGGGUUGGUGAUGUGCUCGGACGGCGGAAAGUCAUCUUCAUGGGAGCGGCACUGACCCUCGUUGGAGAGAUCCUGCAGUGCACAAGCUUCCAGCUCGCCCAAUUCGCCGUCGGCCGGUUCAUUCUCGGAUGGGGCGUUGGCCAACUAAGCGCUACAGUACCGGUAUGGCAGUCUGAGUGCUCCUCGUCUGCCAAUCGAGGCAAGCACGUCGUGCUUGACGGAUGCUUUAUCAGUUUGGGCUAUCUACUCGAAGCUUGGAUCAACCUCGGAUUUUUCGAACAGGACAACCUACCACUACAAUGGCGCAUCCCUCUUGCCAUUCCGACCGUUAUAUCGUUGAUUCCAUUGGCUGCCGUCUUCUCGAUUCCCGAAAGUCCGAGAUGGCUCGUCAACAAGGGAAGGGUCGAAGAGGCGCGUGCCAGCUUGUGUGCGUUCAAGGGUCUUCCUCUUGACGAUCCCGAAGUCGGUGCUGAGAUCAGUGGUAUCGAGAUCGCUCUGGAGGAGACUGGCCGUAGCGCUGCGAAGAUGAGCGACAUCUUCACCAUGGGCAAGGACAAGCUCUUUUACCGCUUCUCGCUCUGCAUCUUCUUGCAGUUCUUGCAGCAGAUGUGCGGCAGCAACUUGAUCUCAACCUACUCGACUAUCAUCUUCCAACAAGGCCUUGGCAUGACCAGUGAAAUGUCACGCAUCCUCUCCGGCGGCGCACUGACCUGGAAGUUUCUUUCAUGCUUCGUCGCCUUCUUCACCAUCGACCGCUUCGGACGUCGCAAGCUGUUCAUGUUCAGCGGUGCAGGCAUGGCAUCUUGCAUGUUGGCGCUAGCUGUCGCUUCCAGCUUUCCCAAGAGCAAUCGCUCCGCCCAAAUCACUUCCGCCUUCUUUGUCUUCAUGUUUAACUUCUUCAUCCCAAUUGGCUUUCUUGGAGCCAACUUCCUUUACUGCACUGAAGUGGCUCCAACAAGGCUAAGAGUGCCGAUGGCAGGAAUAUCUACCGCCAACCACUGGCUCUGGAACUUCGUUGUGAACAUGGCAACACCCGUGGCCAUUGAAACCAUUGGCUGGAAAUACUACCUUGUGUUUCUCUUUGUGUCGGCGACCAUUGUGCCCGUUGUCUUCCUCUUUUUCCCAGAGACCAUGGGACGCAGUUUGGAAGAGUUGGAAAUGAUGUUUUCCCAAGGCAACUCGAUCCCGUCCAUUGUGAAGGAGUCGCGAAAACCGUUGACCGGCUCGCUUAUGCCGGAGAGCAUGAUGGAGAAGGGGAAUCAUGUGCACAAGGAUGAAAUCACUCCGUAAGUGCCGUUGCGAGAGGGUGGUUUUGAGCAUUGUAAAUGUCUAUAUAUAUGGCUGAAUGGCUGGAUAUCAAUAUAUGUGACAAAUGACCUAGAAAAGCUUGUAUUGUAGCAAUUUAGCGAUUCAUCUAUCCA